CUCCUCCCCGUCGGAGGGUUUGUUUUGAUCGGCGGUGUCUCGCAGCCCUUCGCGGUGGCAGCGGCUGAAGUUGUGGGCGUUCCUGCGAGUCCGUUAGCUCUUAACGGUUCCCGUUGCGAGACUCUUCUCUCCGGCUGUCGACCCGCGACUCUCCCGAUGUUUCUCCCGACACUGGUGGAGGACAUGCAUCACUUCAAGCCCAGUCGUGACCGGCUGUACACCACCCGGUGCUGCGGAUGCUGCCACGUCCGGACGGGGAGCAUCAUCCUGGGGACAUGGUACAUGGUGGUCAACCUGUUGAUGGGUAUCCUGCUGACCGUAGCUGUGACCCACCCGGAGAAUGUGCCCACCAUUGACCUGCAAUAUGAGGUCAUCGACCAUUACUUUGCCUCCAACAGGAUGUCUGAGAACGCCUGUGUUGGAUUUGCCAUCUCUCUGCUGAUGCUCACUAUCAGUGCCAUGAUGGUGUACGGAGCCAUUACUCAUCGUGACGGAUGGCUCAUCCCGUUUUUCUGCUAUCAGCUGUUUGACUUUGCUCUGAGCUGCCUGGUGGCCGUCAGCUCUCUCACCUACCUGCCGAGGAUCAAGGACUACCUGGACCAGCUGCCGGAUUUCCCGUACAAAGACAACCUCCUCUCUAUGGACUCCAGCUGCCUGCUGCUCUUCGUACUUGUCUUCUUUGCCUUCCUCAUCAUCCUCAAGGCUUACUUGAUCAACUGUGUGUGGAACUGCUACAAGUACAUCAACAACAGGAACAUGCCAGAGAUCGCUGUGUACCCUGCCUUCGAGACCCCUCCUCAGUACAUCCUGCCCACUUACGAGAUGGCGAUGAAGAUGCCAGAGAAGGAACCACCUCCCCCUUACAUGCCCGCUUAAGCACCAGCACCAUUUGUUGCCAAGACACACACACACACGUACACACACACACACACGUACAAACAAACACACACACACACACAUGUCAUGUGCAUUCCUGCAUUCCCUCACUGACCCUCUCUGAACACCCCUGAAUAAUUAGCUUAGCAUUAAGUCUAGAAGCAUGAGGAAACCCCAUAGGAGUGUAACCACCUAUUACAACUAAUCAAAAACAUUUUCAGACAUUAACUCUGGAAUCAAAUUUCCAAGCAUUUUUAAUUAAAACAAAUGGUGUAAUUUUUGACAAAGGGUGGGAAGUGGGAAACAAAAUAAAUAACCUGAUAAUCAGACCAAAUGUCUUUUUCCGAUCACUUUAUUAAUUUUCAUAUAUUAGUGCUGACAUCAGCUACAAAAGAAGGCUCCUAUGAAACAAGUUUUAAAAAAAUAGUUUUUUAAAAUGUAUAUAGAGGUGCAUAGAUUAUAGAGUUCAAACUGAAGUGGUAUUUUCUUUUGAACAAGCUGAGAGGAUCUGCUGUUGAACCACAGACACUGAUCCCCUCCUCUGACCUGCUGUGUACGUGAACGGCCACUGAAGACGCUUUGUUCCGCUGUUGGAAAGUUGGGAGAGAUUAAGAUUUCUGUGAUUUAGACAAAUGACUGAAUGGAUGAAUGUGAUGAUUGAAAAGCGACGGAAGCUACCAGCCCAUUUUCUCUCCGGCCUUUUUAAUGUCGUAGUAAAAGGCAUACGUGUGAAAAUGUAACUGCUUGAAAUCCUCCCAUCGAUCCAGCACCAUCCUACCUAUAGAUUCAUAUAUGAAGUGUAAAAAGUAAAAAAAACUAUUACGACAAUCCACUUAUUAUAGCUCUUAUUGUUAAAUUGUGUUACGUUUUCUUGCUAAUUAUUAAUAUCUAGACUAUUCCUUCUCAGUCUCGACUGGUCUGUAGCUUUUUUGUCUGUUAUUUAUUUAGCUUUGCUGUGGUUCAGUUCAGCGCCUGACCCCUCACCCCCGACAUUUUCAUCACCCUGAUGUGUUAGCAAAGCUAGUGAAUAGUUUUCCAGCUGAAUCUUGGGGAGAGAGGGACGGAGACAGCAGGGGGCGCUGACGCCGGAUCGAUGUCGCCGCUUCUCUCUCACACAUCUGGAGCAAACUGGGAACAUUUAGUAGAUGCAUGCUUAUUGAUCACAUCCCUUCAUUACUUUACUGGUUAUAUGAUUUAAUCCUAGUGUAAAAACAUUUGACUUCAAUAAACAUUUCAGAACAUU